AUGAAUUCGUCCUCUUUAUAUAAAGAUAAGAAUUACGUGAGCUCACGCAAGGGCUGUUUGUGUUUGUGUCCGCAGUAUAAAAGACCAAUUGGCUCGUUUGUACUCGCUUCUUCAUAUCAUAAAGGUAUUAUCAUUUCAAUUUCUGAAAUAAAACCCAAAAAGUACCUUAAAGAUUCAAUGAAUUCAUUCAGCAUUCAACUUCAAUCAAUCGCCAAGCAAACUGGUCUUUGGAGCGUCCUCAGGGACCUUUGGGCCCUUCAAAUAGAUUUAAAUCUAUUUGUGCGCGAGAUGACAGUCUUGGCCAAAACACUUGGGCAGUUGAAUCCAGGCAGUAUAGGAAGUAUGGGUGUUGCAGACUACAUUAGCAGGACCCUUACCAACAUGAUACUUGCAGUGAUUUCUCCUUACGUGCAUAUGGCUACGUCUCCUGUUCACCAUCUUUUAUGCAACGCAAACUCAAUUGAGAAAGUUGACAUUAGACUUAGAGCUCACUUUCUUAAUGCCUACUAUGCUCAUUUGCAAAUGAAGGGAGGAAGAACUAUCCGUGAGCGUUCAACUUCUUCUGUGGCUGCUUGCAAUCUUGUUGUUGAGAAACUUGCUGACAAUGAAGGUUCAGCUAAAUCUGUUGACUGUAUGGCAUUAGUUCCCAUUGGUUUCAAGUUCAAUGGAGAGGAUCGUUCCGAAAAUCCUGAGGAAUGGCUCAUUUUACAGCGUAAAUUGCGUCUGAAAUGUCACAAAAAGAUCCUCAGGAUUGUUGAAAGUUAUGCUCAUUGCUCACCAUCAAUAGCAGCAGUUGAACACAGGUUACUUCGAAUUAAGGAAUUACGUGGUAAUGGCUGCCCUGUACUGGCUGCAACACUAAAGCGGUCUUUAUAUCGCAAACUCGAAAAAGUCCUGAAUCGUCUAGCAAGAAAUAUAGAGUCUCAUGAAGACAUGGUCAAGGCAGAUGUCUCGAGAUACUAG